AUGGAUGAAAGCGAGAGAGAAUUUUUGAAUCGAAAAUUCAGCCAUUUAUUCAACUUCUAUGACUACGAUAGAAACGGUUAUAUCGAAUGGAGUGAUUUUGAAAAGAGAAUCUCAGACGCCACUGCUCAUCUGAAACAACGCUUGGCAGACCAGGAAUUUUACGUCAGCGCUUUCCGUUCCUUGCAAACCAGGGCAGUUCGAAAUUUCUUCAAUGCAGUGUUGGAACAUGCGGAUAACGACAGCGACUGUCGAAUUUCUGCGCAAGAAUGGAUCGAUUUCUCUUACGAUUUGCGUCAGAAAAUCUUGGCAACGGGGGAGUUGCCUGCGUGGCUGAAAGACGUCGUGAGCGGGCUCUUUGCGUGCUGUGACGUCAACAAGGAUGGUUGUCUUGGCAACGACGGCCUGGAAUUCUUACCUGGUAUCGACGAAAAGAUGCAAGAGCAUUGUUUUAAAAUUUUGACAAAUAACGGAGAGAUUCCUUUAGAUGAGGAAAAUUAUUUUGAACUGACCAAGGAAUAUUGUUGCAGUACUGACCCUCAAAAUAAGAGCCGGUACUUAUACGGAUUUUGUGAUUGA